AUGGGCAAAACUUCCCCGGUCGCGCGGGAAAGUGCCCUCAGCGAAGCGAGAAUCUAUGAUUCGAGCGACGAGGCUGAAGGCAGACCUGCUUCGAAGCGGAAAACUCCAAAUUCAAAGUCGAGAUCAUCUCAAUCGGAGACUCUGAAUGGUACCAAGGCUUCGUCGUUGAAACACAGUCGGGAGGUGUUGCCUUCGAAUGCCUCAUCUUCCACAACAGCGUCAGAUAACGAGACCGAUGAAGGAGAAGAAGAAUCGGGCGACGAAGAACGAGAAAGAGUAGAAGACGAGGAUGAGGAGGGUGAAUCAGACCAGGAGUCAGCGUCAAGUUCGAGCUCUUCAUCCAGCCGAAAAAGAACAUCUCCGGGACCCCCAGAGACACCGUCAAACAAGAGGGUCAAACCGACCACAAAACACAAAGUCAGCAUUCCUCCCAAGCCCUUCAGACCUCCUAAAGGCUACGAACCGCUCACGUGGUCGGCAUCGGACUAUGCAUCCGACAUGGAUCUCUUCGACGAUUUGUCCAAUAAACAAAUUUGGCACAUCUCUGUACCCAGUUCAGUCUCCAUCGACUCAAUCAAAGAGCUCGACAUCGAGGCAGUGCUGAGAGGACAACCGAUCCUGAGUCGGAAUGGCGUCGAUUAUGGCAUGAACCCUCUGCCGCCCAAGGACGAAGUCAUCCUCCUGCCUCGCGGCACCGGCGGGAAGUACAAGCUGUGCUCCGGGAAGAUUGAAAGGAGCUUCCACAUGCGGGAGGUCGAUACGACAAAGUCCAAAUCCCAGCCAGAGGCAGGGACGCCGGUGGUCUUCACAGCAACCCAGACUGGCGCACCUAAACAAAUCCGAAAACAGCCCGAAGGACUCAAGAUGCGCUAUGUGCCUUAUGGAGUCUUUCCGUCGCAAGGGGAUGAGCCAGAAGAUGUGGAGAUGCGUGAUACAUUGCAGCUUCCACCCGACGUUGACCACCAGGCACCUUCUUCCCCGGCACAGUCUAGAAAAGCACGACAGAAACAGGCCAAUGGAGAAGCAGGCAACGAAAAGAGUCCGGAGAAGAAGCUGCGGGGUGCAGUCACGCCAGCCUCGAGCGAAAAGAAGAAGAAAAAGAAGCGGAAGCUGGUUGAUGGAUAG